GGCUCAGGCAGGCUUUUGAGCCCGUUUGGGUGUUUUGACCCCGGGAACAUGGUUUUAGGCCUCGGGAUCAAUCCUACUACCCGGAUUAGUGAGGAUUGAUGUUUUGGAGGCUAAGUUUUAGUUCAAUGAUUGGUUUUAGAACUUGAACUCAUUGGAUCACCAUUUGUGGUUGUGACUAGGUUAUUACUAGAGGCUUAGAAUCAGGAUCGUGCUUGUGUCUCAUUUGUUGGUAACCUGUGCUUGGACCAAAGGUAAGAAAACUGCACCCCAUAUGUGACAUGCAUGGUUAUGUUUGAUGCAUGUUGGAUGUUUAAAUGUAAACAUUGAUAGCAUAAUGAAUGCUUGGCAAUUUUCCCCAUUUGCAUAUGAUUAUUAUUGAGGCAUGCUGGAUGAUUAAGUGUGAUGCACGUGAUGCACGAGAAACAUGUGACUAGGGCAUGCCAUGGAUAUCAAAUAUGAGUUUGGUCAGAGCUUGAGUCUCUGUGUUUGUGCAUGAUCAUUAUUAUGCUCGCAAUUGUUAAGUAAGCAUGCUGAAUGCCCCAUCUUUGGAUGUGUGACAUAUGAUAUAUUUUUGGUAGCAAUGCUUACUUGUGCAUGGUACUGACUCAUUAGUCAGAAUUGGCAAAGGUGUUAGUAUCAACUGUGAAGCUGUGACUCAUUAGUCAGGUUUGGCAGUGGUACUGGGCACUGGUCACAUUGCGCUGACUCAUUAGUCAGGACGGCCUUAGCGUGUUCCACGUAAGACAACAAAGAUUAGAUCUAAUCGACUUUCUACAUUGAAUGACUCAAAUGAGCAUUAAUGCCGGACCGACCUCAAGGUCGAUGAAUACUAAAAAGCGUUUGUCUAGCCAAGGGCUAGCCAUUUAGAGCCAGAGCCAGGGCCAGCGAGCCCCGUGACUGUUAUGUCACAUGGCUAUGGGCACCGACCCCACAAUGACAUGCUUGUUAGUCACUCAUCUGAUAAGAGCCAUUGCAGGAGAGCCCAAGUAACGGUGUCGUUACACGGCUAUGGGCACUGAGGCCCUAGUGACUUGUUUGUCAGUCACUCAGUAGGGUUUACCAGAACCUCAAGUGAUAUUCACUCAUCUGAUCAGAGCUAUGAGCUCUGUAUGGUCAUUUUGAUCAUCAUAUGCAUGGCUUUGGGUGCUGAGACCCGUAGUGACUUGCUUGUUGGUCACUCAGCAUGGUUUACCAGAACCUCAAGUUUUGAAACACUCAUCUGAUUAGGAUUAACUUGAUAGUCAUCCAAUCAAAAGGGCAGGAUUUCUUAUCCUGGGUACCCCAGCAUUGUUUGAAUUCAUUUGCAUGCUUGAAUAAAGCUAUGUUUGCUAGGCAUGUCAGAUAUGAUUUGAUAUCAUGAUAUGACUGUUCAUGAGCAUAUGAGUUUUCUUGCUGGGCUUCGGCUCACGGGUGCUUUGUGGUGUAGGUAAAGGCAAAAGGAAGCUGGGCCAUCCUUGAGUUGGAGAGCUUAGGUGAUGACGUGUACAUAUGCAGCUGCUCGACCAAUACUUGGGCGAGGUUUGAAAGAGGAACUAGGGUUAAACCCUGUUUUGCCGCCUAGAACGGCUUGUUGUAAAUAUUCUCUUAUAAUAGACUCUGAAAUUAUAUUUUUGGGAUCCCAAUAUAUACAGUAAACGUUCUAGUGAAACGUUAUAUCUUAACCAAAAUGUUUAAUCCCUAAACCGCUAAUCAUACUUAGUUACACGUUUAUGGCCAAAUGACUCGAUUAACGAGUUUAGCACUGUUUGCAAUGUGCACUGUAGCGGUCCCUGGAGUUGGGGCGUUACAAUUGAUAUCUCUUGACUAUUUCUUACAGAGUGUUUCUUUACAAAAAUAUGCCAACCCCUUACACUACCCAGGGUCUUGGUAUUUAUAGGAAGAAGAUAUCUGGGUUGGCAAUGGGGUCAUCCCGUGAUCUCUUUAUCCUUCACGUUAUCUCUGUGACACUGAUGAUUAAUUCCUAAACCUUACAGAGAAUUCAGGUCUAAUCAACAAGUAAGGAUGGGUAAUGGGCCGCCUGGCCCAAAUCAGAUACAAGAUGUCCGAAUGAGCACGUUUAUAUUGCGCAUUCGAGAAAUCAGGAAUAAAACAAACAUGUGAUGUCUGAUAUAUGCAUGUUUAUAUUGCGUGGUUGACUUUACAAGGAUUCAGGUGUCAGAUCUCUACCGCAUCAUGAGCUUAAUGUGGUGCCAACUCGUGCCACUCAUACUGCUGACACGAUGCCUCCGAGUAGCAGUUAACUUUCUAAUCAGCUCGGGAUGGACAUAUGGAGGCCUGUAACAAAACAACUCCGGGUGGACGAUUUACACGUGGCAGAUCGAAUUAGGCCAUUUUCUAGCUCGCCAAUAGUGCGCAGAUAUUUAGGGCGUACAUUUGCCCCCCAAGCCCUUGCUCAUGACCCAUGACGUCACCUGUGACCCUCACAGUGGGGGCUUUUAAGUUUCCCUUUCGACUCUUCAUGUCCCGCCCACUGCGUGGGUAUCGGACACGUGGAGCGCCGUGGUUGACGACUGUUCAGUUUCUGAGAAUUGCAUUAAAUGGCCUAGCCUGCUUUCGGCCGUCGUUUCGCCUCUCGAGUUAUGACCCUCGAAUCUUGCAUUAAUUUGAUUGAACGGUCCUCGUUCCUUUAUGUCUUUUACGUAUAUAUAAGGUUGGCCAUCUUUCGUAUUAGCCACCCUUCAUUUGAAAUUUUUUCCUCAUUUUCUCUCCUUUUUAGUCUCAGAAGUUUUUCUUCUUCCAGUUAUCAUCCCAAAGUUCCCUACCCUCUCGCCACAAGAGUUUUUUCACCAGUCCAGCUUUAAAGACUCCACCAGGACUCCGAUUCCUAUACCUUUUGCGACUUUCACACGGAAAAUACACUGUAAGUCCUCUGCCUGUUGCAUGUUUUGGUCUUUCCGUUUCUCUGUUAGGUAAAUCUCUUUCUUUGUCGCACAUUGUAGGUUGUUUUUGGCUGGUUUUUGGUGCAUAGGUUUUGAUCCUAGGCAUACCGACUAUUUGAGAAUAUGUCUAGGAAUGUGAUGUUUAGGACAAGAUAAAUUGUGGAUAAUUUUUCUGGGUAGCUUUAGGGAAUGCCUGUUAGGAAAAUGGAAGGUGAGGGUUUCUAGGGUGCAAAACUGGGUAGCUUAGGGGUCACGCUUCCUAGGCGGUUUUGCUUUUUUAAAACUUUCCCUCCAAGGCAAGCAUUAUCCUGACCCUCCUGACACACAGAUCCCGAGCAAUCAGGGAUCUGUUGGAAACGUGGGCGCGUGACCAUGGCAACGCGUGGCUUCACAUACCACGGGCUGAGAUUACCUCAGGCCGUGUACAAAAAUCAUUUCUCUCGCUAUAUUCCCUCUUCUAUUUUUAGGUCGCCUAUUUAAACUUUUCUUCGUUCUUGUUCGUUAGGCGACCAGAUGGGACCCAGGAAGAACAUACCCAAGAAGAGCACGACUGGUUCGUCAUCCUAGCAGGCCAGCAAGGGGAAAGGGAUUGCGGCUUGGAGCGACGAACACCUCAAGGCUGGGGCCUUCCUACCUUUGGACCAGUACUUCGUGGAUUUCCUGAAUUACGUGAAGCUGGCUCCCUUCGAACUGCCCCCUAACUCCUACCGUCUGCUAGCGGGGCUGAGGUACCUCUUCCUGAGGCACGAGUGGGAGGUCCUUACACCAGCGGACAUCCUUUUCUUCUUUUGCCUCAAAGCCAGCCUGGAUCAAUGGGGGCGAGGCGACAGGUUCUACUAUUUGACCCAUUUUCCCAACUCUCCUACAGUCAUCGAGAUGCCCAGCCACCCCAACGACUUCAAGGACCAGUUCUUCAUGUCGACGGUGUUUUGCAACUGCAAGUACCACUACUUCAACUGUCCUCGUAAGUUCUCUCUAUUCUCAGCUCGCAAAAUCACCAUAUUUUUUUUUUAUAUUUCUCUUCGCGCGUAUUGACUUGAACAUCAUCGUGCAGCCAUUUUUGCGAGGACGGCCAAAUCGGUGACCCUUGGGGGUCAAUACGAAACCUUGGCGGGGCUUCCGCCAAGUGAGAAAGACUACCGCCAGCUCGUGUCUGAUGAGACGAUGCUGGCGUGUAAGUUAAUUUCUGCGGGCCAGAUGCUGGCCCUGAGGAGAACGCAGGCUAAUCAACCAGUAGCCCGCGAGCUGGCACUUAUCCCCGAGGGGGAUGCCACAGACGGUGAUGACGACGAGCUGAACGAAGAAGAUGAGGUGUCGCUCGUGCGACGAAACCGAGUUCUUGAGGCUACUCAGGGCCUCAACGUGGAUCGGGUUCAGUCGGGGGCAGCAGCCGGCCCCUCCGGUCAAGGUAACCUAUACCUAUUUAGGGACUUAGACAGGGCUGCCGCAUACCUAAGGCUUGCUAGGUUUAACCCCAGCCAACUCAUACAUCGUCAUCGAGAUGACCCAGACCUUAACAUAACCCUACUCCAGUGCGUAGACCAACUAGUGUUGCGCCAUGAUAUGGGUCGUCCUAGGGGCACCGUAGUAGUAUAUAACACCUCCUCCUUUAGGUCAGCCUUUUUUGAGGAGUACGGGACCAACCUUAGGUCGUGGCCCUCCCUCCUGGAGGGUGUAGUCGCUCCAGGGCUUAGGCAAUAUGUAGAGGAGUCCAGUCCUGAGGCGGAUCCGGACCCAGAGCCCCCUCUUAUUCGUGAAGUAAUAGACUUAAGCUCCCCUAUAGAAGCUCCGAGGCCGGAGGUCGUGGCAAUAAAUUCAUCCUCUAGCUUGGAGGGCGAAGAGAUGGCAUGGCCCGGAGACAAUGUCCUGCGAUCCAUCUUCCAGGGGGGAAUCCUCCCUCCGGACCGUCCAGGCCACUGGUCAAGAAACCCCGGUUGGCCAAGAAGACUCCUCCUUCCGGGACCACCUCCAAGUUUCCCGCCAAGGGGAGGGGCUAGGUCCCUGCAACCACAGAGAACAUGCCCCCACCACCUCCGUGACCUCCAGCCCCUACUCGGGAACAAGAGGCACCAGCUGGAACCCCGCCAGUUCUUCCUCCCACCGUGCGCAUCAUGGUUAACGCCCAGGCCCUGGAGAAAAUCCCCGAGGCCUUCCAAGGGAUGGUCUAUGAGACCGCGAGCUAUACGGUGGAGCAUUAUUACAAUGCCACCCUGAGGGACUUGAGGGAGAUCGAGACGAGGAGCCCUGAGAAUGUCAUGGAGUCUUCACUGGGGAUGACCCUCACGGUAAGUUUACUUAGUUAAAUUUCUUUGCUUUCUUCCCAGCACGUGCCUUACUAUCUAUGACUUUGCAGGCGGAUUUGGCUUUACACCGCAGCAUAGCUCGGUCCAGUGCCAGGAUUGACGAGAUCAGGGGCGAGUUCCAGACUGCUCAGGCCGCUCUCGCGUCUGCCCAACAGCAAGAGCAAAGCACCAAGGCUGCCUUGAUGGCUGCCAAAGAAAGCGAAAAGGCCGCACACAUCGCCUUGGCCGCUGCGAAGACCGAGCUCGAGGAGGCCAAGGCUAAGCAGUUGGAGGCUGAGGCCGCCACCGUGGCAGAGAGGGCGUUUUCCAGCUCCUCCAUGGAGGCCAUGCUCUACCAUUGCUGGGCCUUCAACCAGGAUGGUGACUUCUCCUUCCUGGCGCCCGAGGUGUGGGAGUCAUUCCUUGAGAAGUUCAAAGCCCGUCUUCAACAGGAGCCGCCUUCUGAGACUGGGGAGACUUCCGCUGCUGGCGAGCAAGAGACCGAGAGGGUGACCUCGUCGGAGCGGCCUGGGGGGGCCUAGCACUUUUUGUAUUUUUCUUUUUUUUAUUAUUUAUCUGUAAUAAUUUAUCACGAGGUUUUUCCUCCUCGAGACAAUUGAUUUCAGUUACCCUGAAUUUCAUCAUUUAUUUUUCUUUUUAAUAUGAUGUGAUUGAUAAAAACCUAGUUCGCGUUAGUUUAUUGACUUUUUCUUCGAAACUACAAAGCAUUGCCAGUCAAUUUUAACCAACUUCUAAGUUUUAGGACCUGGUCGUACCCAGAACAUUUAUUUGAAAAAAACUUAGUUCGCGUUAGCUUUAUCGACACCUCGUGUUCUUUAGGAAAAACACUGGUUAGUCAAUUUAACCAACUUCUAAGUUUUAAG